AGGGCUUCGUCUACGAAGACUGAAACAAACAUGAAAUCGGCGCUAACGAAGAAGAAGAGAGAAAGUGGUUUACUCAGUGAAUCGCCACUACUGACGCACACAGAGCACGACAACGUCCUUUGUCUUUGUUUCUUAUCUUCUUUUCUCGUUUAGUUCUGUUGGGAUUGGGAAUCGGAGACUUGCAGGUUAGUAUCCUCGUUAACGUGUCUCUCUCUUUUCUCUAAUUUCAUAGCUUUGUUUGUUUAGUUCUUCAAUUUGUAUUCAUCGUGUUCGGUGGUCAUGAUUCAUGAAUGGUUGUGAAUCUGGGAUUGAUUGAAGUUGUGAGAAAUUCAAAAUUGACUUGUUUGUUUUUAAGAAUCUACUCUCUUUGCUGUGACUACUCCUCAUUCUCUUCAGAUUCAGACGAUUUCCCAAAGUUUGAACUUUUUUCUUUUGUGCUUGUGAAAAAAAGCAAGCCCUUGAGUUAAAGUUAUAUCAUUUUGAUAUAGCUGUAUAUGUAAAUGGUGCUUCAAUUUCAGUUCUGGAAAUUGAUUCUAUGUAUCUAGUCUUAGAGAUGGUAUCUCUUGUAUUGAAUCAUAUUGAGAUGGUAUCACUCACAUUCUGUGUAAACUGUUUCAUUUUUGCUUUGUGUUUCCUUUUUAGUUGUUUGGGUGGUAUGUAUGUUUCACCUACUUGAAUUCCCAAAUCUAAAUCAUCCUUUAUUGUUUUCACCAAUGUCUUGUUUCAUUUUGACACAAGGUUUUAAGAACAUGCCUCCUAAAGAGGAGAGUUCGAAAGUCACUCGAAGAAGCACUAGGUCAUCAGCUUCUGUAACUGUUGAGAACUCAGAACCUAUUGAAUCCCACACACCAACCAUUGAUGAUCUCACAUUUGGGGAAGAAUCAAUCACAAUUGAUGCUGUUCUAUCUAAUUUUCCAGGCAGACGCUCUCAGAUUUUCGACUUUAUUCGACUUAUGGGGCCGUUAGAUUGCCCUACUCUUCCAAUAAUGAUCUAUGGAGGUGCUUCUACGGGAAAAACCAGUGUUGUUCUUCAGGUGCUCAGGCAUCUCAAUCGUCCCUUUGUUUAUUCAAGCUGUCGUACGUGUUACAAUCCCCGUAUCUUGUUUGAGUCGAUUCUGAAUCAGUCGUUGCUACAUAGGAAGUGUUCUUUAAACGGGUAUUCUAGUGCGAAACGAUGUGACAAGCCAUCUGAUUUUGUCAACUUGCUUCGUGAAGCCCUUAGUAGUGUGAUAAAGACUCUCGAGUCUACUUCCGAAACCUCAAGAUCAGAUAAGCCGGAUGAAAAACCCAUGGGGAAGAUGGUGUACUUAAUACUUGAUAAUGUGGAUCUUAUCAGAGACUGGGAUAAAGGCACCAUCAUUCUGCAGUUUCUUUUCAGUUUGUAUACUGUUUUGAAGAUGCCUCAACUUGGUAUAAUACUUAUCAGUGGUUUGCCACCAGAUGUGUAUUACUCAAACAUGGGAUACACAGAUCCUAUACCUCUUUAUUUUCCUGAGUAUUCUGAAGAGGAUCUUCGUCAAAUUUUCUUGAGAAAUCAACCUAACCGAAAAUUGUACUCUGCAUUCCUUGACGUUGUGUUGAAACCAUUCUGUAGAGUCACCAGGAGAGUUGAGGAACUGUCUACUACCUUCUCAUUAUUGUUCAGAAAGUUUUGUGAGCCACUUGAUGAUUUAGGGAUUUCACCAAAUGAAGACAUGAAGAGAAGGCUAUAUAGCCAUCUUAAGCCGCUUAUUGCUCAUUGUUUAAAUGAGAUAUUCAGGGUCUCUAGUCACCCUCAUGAUGGCGAAACCAGAGGCGAGAGAAGGCAGAAAGCCAGCUACAGUUCUGAAAACCGUGAAGAACUUGAAAUAUUGGACUUCCAUAUGUCUACUUCAGCAAAGUUUCUUCUUCUUUCGGCAUUUCUCGCUUCGAGAAACCCAGCAACGCUAGACGCGUCAAUGUUUGACUCCACAGGGGGAAUGGAUAAUCGUAAAAGAAAGCGGAAGGCCUCUGAGAAAUCAAUGGAAAAGAAGGAAAUUGCAGAGCAGGAAGCAGUCAUGAAAGGACCUGGAAGCUUUCCACUGGAAAGACUAUUGGCGAUAUUCCAAUGUAUUGCCUCCGUUGGAGAUUCUUCAUUUGGCGAAGAGGACGAAGAAGAAGAAAACACAACGGGUUACGACAAAGAGAAUAACAAUCUGAUGUCUGAUAUUCUGCUGCAAGUGUCAAGUCUAUGUGAUGCUAACUUUUUAAUCAAAAGCGGAAGCUGCCCAUUAGAAGGUUCUAUUAGGUACCGUUCUAUGGUCUCUGAAGAUCUGGCUCAGAAGGUUGCAAAAAGUCUUAGCUUUCCACUAUCCAAAUACUUGUACAGAAGAUGAUGAAAAUGUGAAAUUCAAAUGUUUUGGGAGGAAGAAACUAACGGUGCACUCUUAAUUUAGUUCUUGUAUUGUACUAUGGAUGUAUCGGAAACUUCAUAGUAUUUGAAGCAAUUUCCCACUUAACUAUGUGGUCUGUAAAAAUUUGUUUAAAACAUUUUUACUAGAGUUUCUAUGGCAAUUGAUUUCGGAAU